AUGUCACCCAUGCUUCCCUUGCAGUUCUUCCAACUAGAGCUACCUUCAUUGACAAUAUUUCCGGCUCACAGGCUCACCGAAUCACAGUCUCCACAGCCGACAUCCGUCUUUACCGCCCUCGCCAUCGUCAUGUCAGAGAAGAACUCCCCUCCCCCGGCUGCCAGCCACGAGAAGCUCGAAGCUCAGAUCAAGUCGGCCGAUAUGACCGAAGACAUGCAGCAGGAAACGAUCGACGUUGCCCAGGAGGCAAUGGGAAAGUUUACCAUCGAGAAGGACAUCGCGCAACACAUCAAGAAGACGUUCGAUGAGCGUAAGGGGCCUACCUGGCACUGUAUCGUGGGACGAAAUUUCGGCAGCUUCGUCACCCAUGAGACCAAACACUUCAUCUAUUUCUACCUGGGCCACUGCGCUAUCUUGCUGUUCAAGACUCAAUAG